GCCCGGGGCGAGGAGCGGGGAGCAGCCAUGUCCCCCCCCGCCCAGCCGGGGGUGCCGGGCGGGCGCGGCUCUAAGGGGCCGCCGGCGCGGAAGCUCCUCUGCAUGUGCAGCCUCUCCCUCUGCCUCACCUACCUGUGCUACAGCCUGAUGGGGGGCACCGGUCCGGCCGCCCUGCGCUCCCCCGCCGUCCUUCCCGGCACGGCCGCCCCGCGUUCCCCCGCCGCCCUUCCCGGCACGGCCGCCCCCGGGGCCCCGCGUUCCCCCGCCGCGCUCCCCGGCACGGUGGCCCCGCGUUCCCCCGCGGACCCGCCGGGCAGCCCCGGCGCCCCGGCCCCCUCCGCCCCGGCCCCCUCCGCCGCUCCGCCGCGGGCCUCCAACGGCAGCCGGGGAGGGGCGGCGGGCGCCUGGCUGCGGACGCCGCUGGCCCCCGGGGAGGUGAUCACGGCGCAGAGCGGAGCCUUCGAGAGGGACCCGCAGGAGUCGAGCACCACGGACGAGGAGCUGAGCCGGGCCGGCAGCCCGGGCAGCCGCGGCGGCGGCGGCAGCAGCACCACGCCGGACUACGGGGAGAAGCGGCUGCCGCAAGCCCUCAUCAUCGGGGUGAAGAAGGGGGGGACGCGGGCGCUGCUGGAAGCCAUCCGGGCACACCCCGACGUGCGGGCCGUGGGCACCGAGCCCCACUUCUUCGACAGGAACUACGAGAAGGGGCUGGAGUGGUACAGGAAUGUGAUGCCCAAGACGCUGGAGGGGCAGAUCACCAUGGAGAAGACCCCCAGCUACUUCGUGACCAAUGAGGCCCCUCGGCGCAUUCACUCCAUGGCCAAGGACACGAAGCUGAUCGUGGUGGUGCGGAACCCGGUCACCAGGGCCAUCUCGGACUACACACAGACCCUCUCCAAGAAGCCGGAGAUCCCCACCUUUGAGGUGCUGGCCUUCAAGAACCGGACUCUGGGGCUGAUCGACGCCUCUUGGAGUGCAAUCCGCAUCGGGAUUUAUGCCCUGCACUUGGAGAACUGGCUCCAGUACUUCCCCCUCUCCCAGAUCCUGUUUGUCAGUGGUGAGAGGCUCAUCACUGACCCAGCAGGGGAAAUGGCCAAGGUCCAGGACUUCCUAGGCCUCAAAAGGAUUGUGACAGAGAAGCAUUUUUAUUUUAAUAAAACCAAGGGGUUUCCCUGUCUAAAGAAGCCAGAGGACAGCAGUGCUCCCCGCUGCUUGGGCAAGUCCAAGGGUCGAACUCACCCCAAAAUAGACCCAGACGUCAUCCAUAGACUGAGGAAAUUUUACAAACCCUUCAAUGUCAUGUUUUACCAAAUGACGGGCCAAGAUUUCCAGUGGGAGCAGGAAGAAAGUGAUAAGUAGGAACACAAGUUCAGGAAAAAACCUUUUUUUUUUUUUUUGAGAUGGGAGUCAUCAUUUGAGACUCAAAACUCACUCGGGGCCAGAGGCUCAGGCCUGUGUGUACCAGGCUCUGGCGCUGUCCAGGCUGCAGCCGAAGUUGCUCCGUGUGUCCACUCCUGAAACUGCAGUGGUUUGUCACCUCGGGCUGCUCUCGGGCUCUCCCCACCAUGACAGUGGGGGUCAAGGGUGGGUGGGAGGAGGAGGAGGCAGAGGGAGCAGGGCUCCUUGGGGUGAUGGAGUGCUUUGUGUUGACAUUUCACUGCUGGUGUCCCCCUUGCAGCCAGGCAGGCAGGACCAGCUUCCUGCCACAGCGAGCUGGGCGGGAGGGCAGCUCCCAAAACCCAGCACUGGGACAAACCCAUAGAAUUGAUUUCUCCUGCCCUGGAUUUUAGUUUUUCCCAAACAGCGGCAUCAGGUCUGGUAAAUUCAGGCCGUGUGCACUCAUAUGCACACUGCUCCUAGUGUGUGGAAGGAAUAAAGCCAGUUAUGCUGCAGUGAAACUAUGUACAGGAACUUCAUUUGCACCGGAUGUUUCAAUUACUUGUUGCACUAAAACUAGAAUUUACCAAGUGCCACAAACACCUGGGCCCAAUUCUCUUCCGACUGAUACAUCUCCUGUGUUGGAAGAGAGUUGUUCCUGCUUUGCUGGGAUGCUCAGUGAGGUCAGAACUGGGAUCCCCCAGACUCUCAUCCUCCCAGAAGCUGAAAGAACAUUCCUCGGUUUUCCAGGAGCAAGCCAGGCUCCCACUGCCCGGCCAAGGCACAGAGUGAAGCCACAGCAUGUCUGUGCAGCAG